AUGAUCAGGAGCUUCGUUGUCCAGCAAACACGAGCUAUCAGUGCAGUGAAUGCAUUUUCAGCGGCCCGGUCAUUCUCGUCGUCUCAGACAGUGCUGAAGAAAGCACAGAAAAAAGCCCAUAAAUCAGCUGAGCCUGUGGAUGAAGCUGCUGGUGAGUCGGUUGCUCCUCUUGAUCUGGACAGUUUGGAUGCCAAAUACAAAAAGACGUUACAAGUGUUCAAUGAGAAACUGAAAGAGAUUCGCACGUCGAAAAUCGAUGUGUCUAAAUUCACCAGCAUUCCAGUGACGCUACAGCACGGAGAAUCGCAUCUCUUAAACGAGAUUGCUACACUGCAAUUGAGAGGUAACCGUCUGUCGAUAGUGGUAUUUGAUCCCAAGCAUGUGAAAUACGUGUCGACGUCGAUUCUGUCGCAUCUCAACAUCACUCCUCAGGUGGAUCCUAAAAACAAUCAGACCCUGUUAGUUUCAUCUGACACCGACAGCGGUGACGACAGUAGCCACGAGUCGCAGAUUCUCAAGGAAAUCAAGCAAUUGCACGACCAUUUCCGCAACUCUCCUUCCAAACACUCGCUGUCCCAGAUCCGAGCAGGCGGCCUGUCACACCUGAAACGGGCACUAAAGUCAAAAGACAUCGACAAAGACAGCUUCCGCAAACAGUCGGAGAGGGUCGAAAAGGCAUUCAAAGACUACAGCGAUAAGCUGGCCAGCGCAUUCAAAGCUGCUCAAAACUCGUCUCGCUAG